AGAAAGAAAGAAAGAAAGAAAGAAAGAAAGAAAGAAAGAAAGAAAGAAAGAAGAGGAGGAGGACUGUGUGCAGGAUGGAUGUGACGUCACACUGCACUGGCUUUGAAAUCACAGAGGGCGGAGCCAACAAGAACCCGGUCCAAUCAGAAUGCAUCUCGAGUCAGCCAACAGCCAACGGGACGCUCCCGCAUCUCAACACAGACCCCGCCCCUGCAGAGGAAGCCCCGCCCCCACUCUCUGAUAGGACAGAGGACAGUGGUGAUGACUCUGUAACGGACAGCUCCUCCACUGAUGACGUCUCUCGCCUCCUGCCCGCCCAGCCUGCCUCCACACUCCGAAAACAGAAAGGUGUGGACAUGUCGUCAGUGUCUCCUCCUCCCAUCUGUGCUCCUCCAUCUUCCUCCCUCACCUCUCCUCUUCCUCCUCCUUCUCCUCCUCCUCCUCAUCGGUCGUCCACCUGUAACAGAAACAGCUGCAACCUUCAUCAUCAUCAUCAUCAUCAUCAUCAUGGACACAGAACCAAUCAGAAGCGUCUCUCCUCCACUAAGAGCCACGCCUCCAUUAAGACGGACGCCGCCCACAUUAAGGAGGUCGCUGGAGAUGACUGUUGCGCUCACUGUCUCCUGGCAUGUCUCUUCUGUGAGCUGCUGUCCAUGUGUUCGGCUCUGGGGGAGUGUCUGGCGUGUGGAGUGGGCGGAGCUGGGUGUUGUGAGGCUGCGGGUGGCUGCUGCUGCUGCGUGGAGGUGGCAGGAGAGGCGGCCUGUACGGAGGAGGCGUGUCAGGCCGUGUUGGAUUGUGGGAUACUGGAGGACUGCUGUGGCUCGUCCGACUGCCUGGAGAUCUGUCUGGAGUGCUGCUCCAUCUGCUUCCCUACAUAGAGCAGCCAAUCAGAGAGGGGUCACAAGAUGAUGUCACAGACUCUGUCGCCUGGAGACGGAGCUGCUUCGUCCUGGAAAGACAAAACUUUAUUGUCCAUGUUUGAAAGAAGUCAGAAUCUUUUUUAUCUUUAUUUGUUUCAACGAUGAACAAAUGACACAAAGACUGAACUCAGAUCAGCUGAUAACAUUUUGUUCCUGUGUAAUGUGUUUUCUCACGGUGCGUUCACACCAAACACAAAGUUUUCACGCGACAUAACCACAAACAAAGUCAACGCUAAAGGUCCUGAUGCACCAAGCCGACAGUCGGCUGUUGCCUAAUGAUUGACUCGGCUCUACCUGACUCCACUAAAUUCUACCCGUCUCGACUCGACUCUAAUCAGUCAAACUCUGCGUGACUCGACUCGACUCUACCUGAGUCAACUUGACAAUUAACAAUGAGCCGGCGGUCGGCGGUCCCUCAGUGUUGGGCCGUCGGUGAGUAUUUGUUGCCCUAGUCUUAAGGCCCGUUUCCACCGCAGGAACUAAGGGGUAAUUUUACGGGGCCGGGGCCGUUGGUGCGUGUCUCCACCGCAGGAACCACCCCCUAAGGACAGAGUUCCGGAACUUUUACAGGGGCUAAACAAGUCCCUGCCUCGGGGUAGGUACUCAGAACGGCCCCGAAAGACUCCUGGCUGGGGCUUGGGGUUUACUUGGUGCUGAUUGGAUAUACUCAAGGAGGGAUGUGACGUGAACAGAAAGCUACAAAAUAGCCGGCAUUUUUAAAACUCAGCAGACGAGGGUUAGCUCGUUCAUAUAGCUUCCGCCGCCAUGUAAAAAAAACUCACUAAAUGGCCCGUGAAAAAAAUAUUCUUUCCAGCGGAUAUCUUAGUUACAACAUGAUUGAGCUAGCAAAGCAGUUUUGUGUUGCUAUGUGUGGUAUUUAUUCAGUUAUGGGAAAUCACGAUGUCUGGAAAGCAUCAGUAGUGGCUGCAGCUGACAGGGACAGCUCACAACAGCAUCUGUUAAAAGCCUCCCGUUGUCGGAUACGACAUGAAACUACUCCAGUUAGCUCAAUCAUGUUGUAACUAAGACAUCCGCUGGAAAAAAUGUUUUUUUCACGGGCCAUUUACUGAGUUAUUACAGACACCGCUAUCGGCUAACAGCUAACAACGUCCCUACGUCGCCCCGGUCAAAAUGGUCACGCAACGAUUACGUCACAUCCAGAGCCCGUAACUUUACAGGAACCUUCCUCGUACUCCGCUCUCUCAGUGGAGACACGGCGGUUGAGAGAGCCGAGCAAGAGGACGUUCCUGUAGUAGUUCCUGCCCCCCAAAUAGUACCAGGAACUUCUUCAGUGGAAACGGGCCUUUAGCGUGUCCUUCACCGUUGGCCCGAGUCGACCCUUGUUGGCUUUAGUGACCGAUUCAGCAUGUUGUGUCUGUGACAGCAGAGCUCAUCAAGUGAAUGAAAUCACUCUGAUUGGCAGCUCAGCUCAGCUCAGCUCAUGAGAAGAGAAAGUGAGGAAAGUAAACAAACAGCUAAAGUCCAGAGGGUGUGAGACCAAAUCAAACUUGUUACAGAAGGGGUGCGUUCGGGAUUACUCACAGCGAGUGUUGGAGUGCACUCUGGCACACUCUGCUUCCUUUAAGGCCAGGACUUGGUCUGAUGUAAUUGUGACACACAUUCAGACCUGCACUGACGAUGAUUUUAUACUUAAUUUUUAUUAUGAAUUUUUUGUCUAGUUAUUUUAUUAACUUAUUACAGUAUAUUACUUAAUUGUCUGACUUCAUGAUCUAUGGAUACACUGCUGCUUGGUUUUUAACUGUGUCUUGUAAAGUGUUCUUAAGCGCAUUGAAAGGUGCUUAUGAAUAAAUGUUUUAUCAUUA